GAAUGACACAAUGGCAUUUUAAUAGUUCUAAACCUAAGUUAGCGGUUCUUUCUAUCAACGCCAAGUCACAAGAAGGCCCAAAAGGGUAGAAUCAAGAAGGAAGUAAAACAUAUUGUGCUAGACAUAACAUGUCCACCGUAAGAUGACAUGUUGUUGGGACAAACAAACUAACAACUAUUAAACAAUGGUAUUGGGACAGGCAAUAACAAGAUGGCGCUGAUUCCUGUGAUCCUAUUUCUAUACUACGUUAACUGUUUUACCACAGCAUCCGAUCCGUGCUCCGACUACGAGAAUUUGAAUACGGACAACACAAGAUCACCCUCACACAUCGAGGCAGAGUUUGCCAACGCUAAUUGUGAUGCGACUCUUAACGAACAAUGGUACCGGAUCAUAGGAGAUGCUGGAACAGACCUGACUAACGAUAGCGGACUCAUUCUAGGCAAUGCGUGUGGCACGUUCAACCAAAUGUGGAUGCGUGGCUCCAUUCCGGAGGUGGCAGAUGGAAUAGUCGACAGAACAAUUUGCCUGAAAACGAUCUUCUCGUCUUGCCAUGAUUCCUUUACGAUACAAGUGAUGAGCUGCUGUUCAUUCAGAGUGUACUAUUUGAAGAGUUCUAAUGGCUGUCCGCAUUCCUACUGUGUAAGUGAUGCCGGUUUCGAAUCAACGGACAGUUGCCCUGAUCCCAUAACAACAACAACCGAAGAAACAACAGUUGAUUCUACAUCAAUGAUAGUUACAGCUACUGAAUAUCCGGCAACCACAACCAGCGGCUCAAUAACCACAAAUCAACAUCCGUUAACUACAACCAGCGGCUCAACAGCCACAACUCAACAUCCGGUUACCACAACCAGCGGCUCAACAACCACAACUAAACAUCCGACAACCACAUCUAGCUACUCAACAGCCACAACUGAAUAUACUACAAUCACAUAUAUUGAUUCAACGACAAGCUCGAAAACUCAAAAAGAAUACGAGUCGGAUCUUAAGAUUGUCAAGAAGGAUAACACAUUGAUCAUCGUCUUGAUUCUGAUUAUAUUAGUGGGUUUCACUGCAGUUGUUGGACUUUUCAUAUAUACCUUGAAGAUUAAGAAGACUGUUCGCAGUAAUUCGCUAAUGCCAAUAUGUGAAACUACCACUGGUUUUUCAUCUUCGCCGCCUCCUCGCUCGUACGCGUUCGUUGACCGUUCGAUUCAUCUACUUGUAGCUAACGGGGGUAUUCCUGGAAGACGAUAUCUCGCGGAUAGGGGCGUUCCGGAUUUGGCGCUGAGAUACGAUGUAGGUGGCGUUUAAGAUAUGGCGUUUAACCUACGCUGUUACUA